AUGAAGGAUUUGAUGGGGAGUCCAGGGUCAGUGAGUGGAUUAUUGUUGAGGAUUUUGCAAUGUAUGUUUGCAGCUGGAUCCAUUGGAGUUAUGGUUUCUGCUCAUGGGUUUUCUAACUUCACUGCUUACUGCUAUCUGAUUGCAUCAAUGGGGCUUCAAGUAUUAUGGAGCUUUGGACUUGCAUGUCUAGAUGCUUAUGCUUUGUGGAUAAAAAAAGACCUUCGCAAUCCAGUCUUAGCGAGCCUGUUUGUUGUGGGUGAUUGGGUAACAGCUACCUUAUCACUCGCAGCUGCGUGCUCUUCUGCAGGGAUCUCAGUUUUGUACGGGAAAGACCUGAAAUUUUGUAGGGGUCCAGUACAUCUCCCGUGUGACAGAUUUGAGCUCUCCAUAGCUCUGGCAUUCGUGACAUGGUUCCUAGUCGCAAUGUCUUCUCACGUGACAUUUUGGAUCUUAGCGUCUAUUUAA